AUGGCAAUGAUUAGCGCAGGGACAUACGCCUCUAUUUCGUGUAUGACUGUUGCUUCAGAUUUAACCCCCUGUGCGGGCUUUGUUUCAGGGGCAGCCGCUCAGCCAGCCAAGGCAUGCUGUGACGGCAUUAGCAGUCUGAAUGCUGCCGCCAAGACAAAAGCGGACAGGCAAGCCGCUUGUAAGUGCAUACCCAUCAGCCGUUCAGUUGACUGCUCCAAGAUCAGCUGA